AUGCUACCGGCCCUGGCACAGGACCUUCACAGGAAGGAGCUCGUCCUGAAGGGUCUGCCGGUGUGUCUUGAAAUCGUAGAUACGGCUGGACAGGAAACCUACACCUCCCUGCGGAGGAGCUGGCUCCAGAACGGCAAGGGGUUCCUCUUCGUCUUCUCCCUGGCGGAUCGGCAAACGCUGGAAGGGCUUGCAGCCUUCCGCGAGGAGAUCCGAAGCGUGUACCCCCAGGAGGCGCCUCCGAGCGUGAUCGCCGCCAACAUGGCGGACCUGCAGUGGGACGUGACGGAGGAAGACCUGACGAAACUGCAAGCUGACUGGCCCAACUGUGUACAGGUGCUCCAGACUUCGGCAAAGACCGGCCAGAACGUCCAUGUCGCCUUCGAACAACUCUCAUUGGCUGUCCAGGAGCGGGAGCACCGGCUACGGAGGGCUCAAAGAGAGGCCGCGCUGCAGCUUUCCUCGAAUCAGGAGUCGACGCAGAACUGCGCACGGUGCCGGCUGGCGCAAUGCUUCGCAAGCUGCACGGUGCAGUAG